UUAACCAUUACAAACAAUCGACUUGUGAAUAGAAAAAUAAAGUUUAUUAAAACUUAAUAAUUUUACAUUCCACAAAUUAUGACGGAUACGGAAGAUGCGCAAGCUCCAGCAACGCCAUCCAGCACCUCAGCCACGCCUAACGACAAGGACGCAGCGAAAAUUUGCGUUUUGCUGAAUGCCACUGGCAAUGUGCCCAUUAUAAAGAAACGCACCUGGACUGUGGAUCCCAACAAGACAGUGAGCUGGAUACAAAAAUUCAUACACAAAUACCUCAAACUAGACGCCACGGAACAAAUUUUUCUCUACGUCAACCAAACAUUUGCACCUGCGCCAGAUCAGAUAAUCAAGAACCUAUACGAUUGCCAUGGCACAAAUGGAAAACUAGUGCUAUAUUACUGUAAAAAUCAAGCAUGGGGCUAAUACUAAUUACUGUACUUAUAAUUUAAGUAUUUAUUUGUUUAAGUUAAUGUUUUUAUGUUAAUUGUGAGCCU